UUGUCACUUUUUAUUUUCCAGAUAAAAAUGAGUUUAAAAAGUAUUUUAAACAAACUGAUCAAAUCCCGAGAUGUAACACCAUUACCAUGGACUGUUGUGGUUGUCUUAUUUUUUAUUAUGAUACUUGACAAAAUGAUAGUGACAAUGGUGUUUUCAUUCUUACCCAAAUUGGUCAAGUCUUUUGGAACAUUUGAGGCUGACACAGGGUAUUAUGUUGGCAUCAUUGCUUCUGCUAUGAGCAUUGGACAAACAUUUUUUAGCUUAUUCUGGGGAUACAUGGCUGAUGUGAAAGGGAAAAAACCAACCUUGAUUGUUUCAACUGUAGCGACUAUGCUUUCAACACUUGCAUUUGGUUUCACUUAUAAUUUUGAAUGGGCUGUUACUGCACGAUUUCUUCAAGGAGCUGCUACAGCUAUUAUUGUGAUUUCAAAAUCCAUCAUGGCAGAUCUUUGCGACAACUCGAAUAUGCCUCUUGCCAUGACAAUUUUAUCUUCCACUAGUGCAGUUGGCUUAAUUAUUGGACCAAGUGUAGCAGGUUUUGUGGUAUUUCCAUCGGAACAAUACCCUGAUGUUUUCUCUGAAGAUUCAAUUUUUGGAAGAUUUGGAAUCCUGCUUCCGAAUUUAAUUCUGGCAAUUGGUUUUGCUAUUGGUGUCAUUCUGAUCACACUGUUUCUUCCAAAGUGUUCAAAGUAUAAUGAUGAGAGGACGCCAUUAUUAAAUUCUUCUUCUUCCAAGAAAGAGAAUUUAAAUUCCCGUGCAAAUAAACAAUCAAUAGACGAACAGCAAAAGACAACCACACAGACAGCAACAAAGCCCGCUCAGAAAUGGAGUUGGCAGGAAUGGUUUGCGAAAAUUAAAACAUAUAAAUUAAUAAAACUCUUAUGCAUGAAAGAAUGCACCCAAGUCAGUUUCCUAAACACCCUUUAUGGAAUCGCUACAUUUGCAAACUACGAAUUGUUUCCCUUGUAUGCUGCCACUUCUGCUAAAUAUCAUGGGAUGAGUUUUUCUACUUCCGACAUUGGUUUACUGUUACUGAUAGUUUCUGCAUGUUUCCUUCCAACACAGCUGUUGCUCACAUCCAGAAUUAUAAGAUGUUAUGGUUCAAGAAAGGUUUUUAUUGGAGGUAACCUAUUGUUAGCGUUCGUCAGCCCUUGGACACCAAUUCUUGUUGAAAUCAUCUCAAACAGGUAUGUAGGUUAUUUUAUACUCCUAGUCGUUAGCCCGUGGAAAAAUCCACGGGUUCGCUCGUUGCAGCUAAGCUAUCAUUUUCCGUGACAGACAGACGGACGAACGGACAGACGUAUACGGGCAUUAUAAUAUAGAUACGUUUUUUUUUUGACAGAUCGUUUACUAGUCUAGUUCAUUUAUUGAUUUCAUUUAUACAAUACCCUUUUGAAGUUGCUGUCAUUAUUUUUCUAGAAGUGGUUGGUGGAUAGCUGUUGCGUUCGUUUUAUUUAUACAACACUUAUGCAUGUCAACCGGUUAUGUCACCCUUAAUAUUCUUAUCAAUAAUACAGUGACAGCAGAUCUUAUGGGAUCUGCAAAUGGCCUUGCAAUGAUCUUUUUAUCACUUGGAAGAAUUAUCGCACCAAUUGCCAUCGGUAGCAUAUAUUCUUGGUCUCUUACGAACAUCAAAGAUGUCUCAUCGAAUACUGAUCCUCUAGGAUUUCCAUUCAAUCAAUACUUUUCUUUUUUUAUUUUAUUGCUAUUAUUUACAUCGAACGCUAUCUUUGCUUCAACACUAUCACCGACAUUGGACAAUAAAAAGAUAAUCCAUUCUCAAGAAGACGAUGAACAAGGUUGCAGCACUUGUUGAUGUAUAAUCAUAAACUGGGCAUAUGCUUAUAUGGGCGUAUAACCAACCGACGUGAAGUUCCGUUAUAACCACUCAACUAAUCUAAAAAAUGAACCACAAAAUUGUUAUGCAUGAAUUACCCUGAAAUAUGUCGUCUUGUACUCUGUGGUCACU